UAAUUGUUAUGUAUUAAACAUGAUGUCACAAUAACAUUAUUACAUUUAUGCUGCAUUUACGAAAUUUUUAUGUUACGCUCAUUGACGUUAUCAAAAUUACGUAAUUGUUAUGUAUUAAACAUGAUGGCGCAAUAACAUUACAAUAGUAACAUCACAUUUACGAAACAUUAACAUUUGGCUUAUUGACGUCAACAAAAUUAUGUAAAUGUUACGUAACUAUACAACGAAAAAGUGACAACACAGGCAUACGUAACAGAUAUAGUCUCGUUACGUCAAUGACAUACUUGUCACAUUAUUAGUUCGUUGUGCUAGUCUGUAACAUUUAUGUGCAAUAUGUUUUAUAAAUGUUCCGUAAAUGCUCACAGCGUGUUCAUUGGGAACAGAGUAAGAAAAUUGCGCAACGCCGAACGUGACAAUUAAAAAUAAGCACACUAACAUAAUUACCUACAUAAUUAAAAUAGGAUAAGCAGAAUUCAGACGCAACAACCUUGCCGAAUAUCAGGAAUGCUGAUCGGCAAGGAUGCUCGCUAACCUAGAAAGCUGGAAUAAAAAGAAAGCGAUCGAAUACAAGACGGACUCAGUCAUAAUCAAUCUGUCGCGUUAUUCUGUCACGUAACACUGCUGUAAAAGUAAUCCAUCGAGUGAAGUUAAGUAGUGAAAUAAAGUGUACAUAUUAUCCACGUCGAGAGUGCCUUAUUUAAAUCCCAGUCCCAGAGAGCGCGCUCUCGAGCAAGCAGAGUGCAGCUAAUAAUAAGUGACCAGCGGUGCGAAGGGUUCCUGACGGAGGACGGACCUCGAAGUGCCCCGAAGGGCACGACUUUAUUCUUGAAUUAAUUAAUAAUAUAUUAUUAGUUUAAUGUAACCCAUACGGCACAAGAGAUAAUCGGAACACGAACAAAGGAACGAAUAAAGAUGAGUCAACGAAAUUGACAUGAGUAACGUUUAUAAGUUCCAAAAAACCCAUCAAAAAGCUUUUAAGGAAAAAUUUAGAUUUACACUAGGCACUACUAGCAUAAUUGUCAUGGCUAGAUGCCAUCAAAAAUCGGCCAAUAAUGAAUGCCGAAAUCAAAAAUGAAAAAAUUGUCUAUCGAAAUUAUAUAGACAUUGGCGUGGCGAUCGCCACGCCAAAAAAACUUGUGGUGCCAAUAAUACACAGUGCCGAAAAAAGAACAUUAUUUGAGAUUGAAAUCGCUUUGGCGAAUUUUACAAAAAAGAUUGAAAACAACAAAAUUACAAUAAAAGAUACAAAUGGAGGUACUUUUAUCAUAUUCAACAGCAAAUCGCUAUUAAGUACCCGUAUAGUCAAUCCGACACAAAGCGCUUGUCUUGGGACGCAUGGCGUCAUUAAAAGACUUGUUGUUAUCAACAGAAAGGUAAAGAAAUUCGUAUUAAACCUUUAAACAAUUUUUUAAGUUUUGAAAAAAGAUUGAAAACAAAACUAGUACUGUCAAGGAUACGAGGUUGAAACUCGAGAAGUAUGAUUACGAAACCGUGCAUCGAGCAGGCAAAGGCAAUGUCAAUGCCGAUGCUCUGAGCCGGUAUCCAGUUACGGAUAGCGCGAGUGUCAAUGCAAUUACGCCAACAGAAGAGAGAGAGAAGAAGCGACGAGAGAGUAUACAGAAGAGGAAAAAUGAUAAAUACCAUUUGAAUAUCAUGACGAUGGAGGGACACCAGUUGACUACGAUCAACGAAAUCGACAUAAGGUAAUUAAUUUCAAGAAUUAUUCGCACGUACCCUUAAUAGAAUUAGAUUAAUGCAUAACUGGCGAGGAAUAACUAGAGUUAUAGAAGAAUAUAUUAGUAAAUGUGAAUUUUGCCAGAAAAAUAAACUAAGCCAAAGAACAACAAUGCCUCUAACUAUCACAGACACUCCUGAGAGGCCCUUCGAAAAAUGUGCAUUAGACAUAGUGGGACCACUGCCGGUAACUUCUUGUUUUUUUUUGUAUGAUAUUGUUACGUGUGCAUUGCGUUAACCAAGAGUUUUAACUUUUUUACAGAUUACAAUUUUCAAGAAGUAUUUUGGGGGAAAUUCCCCCAAUUAAUUGUGUGCCCGAGGGCACAAGAAAAAAAAAACAACAAAAAAUGAGCCGCGCGCACCAACACGUUACGCAAAAUUUAAAAGAGACAACCAAUGCAAAAAUUUUAUUGACUACGGUCAAUGAAAUUGAUAUGAGUUAUAUUUUUAAAUUUCAAAAAACUCAUCAAGGAGUUUUUAAAAAACUCACACUAGGCAUUACUAGCCUAUUUGUCAUGGCUAGUGUAAACGCCAUAAAGAAUAGGCCAAUAAUCAAUGCCGAAAUAAAGAAUAACAAAAUUAUCUAUCGGAACUAUGUAGACAUUGGCGUGGCGAUCGCCACGCCAAAAAAACUUGCGAUACCGGUAAUCUAUAGUGCCGAAAACAAAACACUAUAUGAUAUUGAAGUCGCUUUGGCGAAUUUUAAAACAAAGAUGGAAAAUAACAAAAUUUCAAAAAAAAAAAAAAAUAGAAACGGAGGUACCUUUACGAUAUUCAAUAGCGAAUCGCUAUUAAGUACCCGUAUAGUCAAUCCGACACAAAGCGCUUGUCUUGGGACGCAUGGCGUCAUUAAAAGACUUGUUGUUGACUAUAAAAAGGACCACCUUACUAAAUUUACUAAGGCUAUACCUGUAGAAAAUCAAGAAGCAAGUACAGUAGCAGAAGCCUUCGUAACAAAAAUAGUAGUGGAGUAUGGAAUAUUCCGAGAAAAUUCUAACAAACCAGGGAACCAACUUCACAAGCGAAAUGUUCAAGAACACUUGUAAAUUAUUAAAAAUAGAGAAAAUACAGACCACGGCGUAUCACCCGGAAAGUAAUGACCCUGGUAACACAAUCUGAUAGCUCAGAUACGUCCCAAAGAUGUGCGCAAGAAAACAAUCCAAAAUUGCGACAGAGGUGCAUAAUAUCUCUUAUGAAACGAGUACUUACUGUACUAUUGCAGCAGUCUGCUAUAAGAAGCUACUAUGAAAUUUGAUACAAUGUGUUAAAAGUAGACGUACAGCAGAAGUGUGAAAACAACAUUGAAGUAUCUGCUCGACAGAAAAAUAAUAGCAAAUCACGCUAAACCCUUCAUGCACAUUUGCAGCAGAGUAACAACAGUUUUUGUCACGUAAAAUGCUGAGUUUCGAGUACAAAUUCGAGCGGCAGAAACGCGAAAAGAACGUGCAAGCAUUUGCCCGUCAGAAAAAGAGCAGUCAAGUGUGCUACACUCUUUAAUCAUAUUGACAGCAAAAUUCCAUAAGUGUAUGUCGCGUAAAUUGUUGUUUUUGCCUUGUAGAUCUGAAUCACAGAAAUGCGAAAAAAACGUGAAAGCAUCUGUUCGACAAAAAAAUAAUAGCAAAUCGCGCUAGACUUUUCACGCACAUUUGCAGCAGAAUAACAACAGUUUUUGCCACUUAAAAUGCUGACGAAUUUCGAGUAUAGAUUCGAGCAGCAAAAACGCGUAAAAAAUAGGCAAGCAUUUGUCCGUCAGAUUAUAUAAAUUGCUUAGCGCGUUAGAUCUUUCAAAUUUAUAGCAUAAUUACAAAAUAUUUGUCGCUUAAAUUACCGAGAUUCAAGAAGGAUUAUAGCCUCAGAAAUGUAUAGAGAUUUGUACAAACACCAUGCUCAUCAAAUAAAAUAUUAUAUAAAUGAAA